AAGGCGUUGAGUGUAUGUGUUGUGCGGACGACGUGUACCGAUGUUUACAAUCGAUUGAUUUCUUUGAAUUGUUUUCUCCAGACAUUGAUUGACACGAAUUGUGGGCAAAGAAAUGAACGCAAGACUACUGACGGACACGUGUUUGGCGGUCGUGAUUGUGGCGACCCUUAUGUCCACAACUGUCUCAUCGGUGGCCAAAAAGAAAGAGCAAACGCUCGGCGAACGCGUCCAACAGCUGACGGAUCUGUCGCUGAAGAGACCGACAAUACGUCUGAAUGGAGACAAAUUCAAGCAGUGGAUCGGCUCGAAGAGUCAGCCACGGAACUACUCGUUUGUAGUGAUGAUGACAGCGCUGUCACCGCAGAGGCAGUGCUCUAUCUGUCGUCAAGCGAGCGAUGAGUUCCAGAUAGUGGCCAACUCUUGGCGCUAUUCCGGCCAAUUCUCGUCGCGUCUGUUCUUCGGCGUCAUUGACUACGACGAGGGGUCGGAUGUGUUUCAGUCACUUCAGCUCAACUCCGCGCCCGUAUUCCUGUACUUCUCUGAGAAGGGAAAGCCUAAAGCGCCCGAACAGAUGGACAUUCAACGCAUCGGUUUCGGCGCAGAAACCAUCGCCCGUUGGGUCCAAGAGAAGACCGACAUUCAGAUUCGGGUCAUACGUCCGCCAAACUAUUCGGGAACGUUAGCCCUAUUGAUACUCUUCGCACUCAUCGGUGCUCUACUCUAUAUGCGCCGAAACAAUCUCGACUUUCUCUAUAACCGCACCUCUUGGGCGUUGGCCGCUCUCUCAAUUGUAUUGGCGAUGACGUCGGGCCAGAUGUGGAACCAUAUCCGGGGACCACCACUGAUGCACCGGACAAACCGCGGCGUAUCUUAUAUUCACGGCAGUAGUAGCGGACAGUUUGUGAUCGAGACGUACAUUAUAUUCAUAUUAAACGCUGCGAUCGCUUUCGGUAUGAUUUUGAUGAACGAAGCGAUGAAAGGAAAGGGAGACUCAAAGAAACGCAAAAUUAUGGCGAUCGUAGGCAUGGGUUUGGUGGCCGUGUUCUUCAGUUCACUCAUAUCGAUAUUCCGGAGCAAAGCUCAGGGCUAUCCCUAUAGUUUCCUAUUUAAAUAAAUGCAAUCAAAACUUGUGUUUGUUUUUUGUUUUGUGCUUUAAAUUAUUCAUUAGACUAAACGAUAAGAGUAUUUAAUUUAAUUAUUUGUUUGUUUGUUAUUCUUUUCCAUUCAGUCUUUAUUUAGUACUAAAAAUUUAUAAUUAAAUUCUAAUGUUUUUUAUAAAUUGAUA